AUGGAUGAGCACAGUCCGACCGUCGAAGCGUUGAUCGAACAAGCCGAGUCUUUUAGAACGUUCAUAGGUCUCACGGAACCACGACUGACGGAUCGAUUCUUUCUUGUCACCGGUAUUACAGGAGCAGGAAAAAGUUCCUUUAUUUCGAGUUGCACGGGACUUAGCACGGUCGUUAGCCAUGGGCUGUAUUCGUGUACGAAGUCUAUCGCCGUUUUCCAGUAUGAGCACGAGGGUCAACGUGUUUAUCUGAUCGAUACCCCGGGUUUCAACGACACGAUUAGAUCGGACAUCGACACAUUAGAAAUACUCGCCACUCAUCUCGGCGCAUCGUAUGCGAAUGGCGUGCGUAUACAUGGAAUCAUCAUGCUCCACUCAAUAUCCAGUAACCGGAUGUCUGGACCAAGUCGUUUCAACCUGACGCUUCUCAAAGCUAUUUGCGGGUCACCAAUUCACACGAAGCUGGUCAUUGUUACAACAAUGUGGCCAGAGCAUCCCGAUCUGAUCAGGAAGAGGGCCUUAGAAGAUCGAGAGAACGAGCUAGCAAGCGAAAAGAUUUGCUUUGGCGAGCUAAUAGCUCAAGGAGCGGCUAUGUUCAGGCACUACGAGAAUGGGCAUUGUGAUUCGCGGCUUCAAACUAUAUCAGCACGACGCAUCAUUUCUCAUCUUCUCAGCAGCCCGGGUCAUAACACGUCUCAUAUCCUUCAAUUACAAAGGGAAAUCGUCGAUGAGAGAAAGACCCUUGGACAGACCGCUGCUGGACUUGCUAUAGCAGAAAAGUUGCAAAAGGCGCUGCAUGAGAAUAAGCAGGUGAUGAAGACAUUUGAGUCUGAGACAACUACGCCCCGAUCUCGCAAGGACGAGCAGUAUGCGCUGCAAUUGCAAGCGCUCAAGUUGGAUACCAAUAAGAGUAUUCAAAAAGCAGAACAAGGACAGCAGAAGCUUACUAGGACGAUUGAAGACUUUCACGAAGCCGAAAAACAGGCUAUCGAGCAACGAAUUUCCGAUCUCAAUCAGCAAUUCCAAACCCAACUGGAGGCCAAAGAGAAGGAGUUCCAAGAAUUACAAGCGCUAUAUGACGAACAGUUCAAACAAGCGAUGCGCCAUUCAAAACAGAUAAAGGGAAAGAAAGGAGAACGGAGGAAGGUCAUUGUUUCCAAUAAGUCUUUGAAGAAGGCGAAAGAUAAUGUAGAUAAGAGCCGUAGGGACCGUGAAAGACUUCGUGAGUAUACUACCCAGGCGGUGGGCGGUGUAAUGAAUGGGAUUGCUGCAGGGGCUGUUGCCGGAGACAAUCACAGCAUCAAGAUGCCCGGCGAAAACCAGCAGCUCGAUCCCAUCAAGAAAGAUGGCCUUGUUUGUGUCCCCAAUGCCGACGUACACAGAAUGAAAGACCGUGAGGGUAAUGAGAUGACGACCGUUGUCAACUCUACGCCCGGUAGCAAUCAGGCAACCAACUUCGUGGCACCUACUCGUGAUGGAGGCUAUAUUGGGAGUUCAUCUACCGGGGCCAGCCUGGAACGAAUGAUUGAACGCGUCAAGUCAGAGACAGGAUGCGAGGUUCACUUUAAUAUCCAAUUCAAUAACGACGAGGAGCUAUCCAAGUUUGAGGAGAACGCCGUCGAGAAACGCGUGCUAUCCAACAAUGACCUCCCUGAGGCUAAGCCUUCUGAGCCCAAGACAAACACCAACAACGAGUAG